UAAUCCGAGGGUCCUCCCCCUUCACUAAUGCGGUGGAGUUGCAGUCAGCCUCAAACUUUUGACCAUUGAUUACUCCACGUCAUAUUGCAGUAGGAAGGGAAGCAGAGGUCUGAGGCAGCUCCUUUACCACCGUCGGCUCUGUUUCCAAACUUUCACACCAUGCCUCUCCGUGUGGCGUUGCAGGGUCCCGGCCCCUGGGGGUUCAGGCUGGUUGGAGGAAAGGACUUCGAGCAGCCACUGGCUAUUUCCCGGGUCAACCCCGGAAGUAAAGCAGCCCAAGCAAAUCUAUGCAUCGGGGAUAUAAUUCUUUCCAUCGAUGGAGAACCAACAGAGAACAUGACUCACUUGGAGGCGCAGAACAAGAUAAAGGGCUGCAUAGAGGAAAUGGUGCUCUCCGUAGACAGGUCAGAAACAAAACUGUGGUCGCCGCUGUCAUCUGAAGAGGGGAAGACGCAUCCCUACAAGAUGAAUCUUGCGUCAGAACCACGGGAGGUGAAACACAUAGGCUCGACCCACAACAGGAGCGCCCUGCCUUUCACUGGUUUCGGCUCCAAAGUGGUGACUAACCAGUACAAUAAUCCAUCUGGGCUGUACUCUUCAGAGAAUAUCAAGGACUUCAACUCAGCUGUGGAUGAAGUCAAGACCAUUACUACGGCUAAUGACCCCCCCAACAAUGCUCCAUCAGAGCCAUCAGGUAAGCGACCGCCCAUAGUCGCAGAUUCCGAAGUCUACAAGAUGCUGCAGGAGAAUCAGGAGUCUGACGAGCCUCCUCGACAGUCUGCUUCAUUCAAGGUGCUUCAGGAGAUUCUUGAGACAGGCGACUCGGAUAAACCAUCAGGCUUCAGGAGUGUGAAAGCGCCCACAACAAAGGUUGGAGCAUCAGUGGGGAACACAGAGAAGUUACCCAUGUGUGACAAAUGUGGAUCUGGGAUUGUAGGGAUGGUUGUGAAGCUGAGGGACAAGUUCCGUCAUCCCGAGUGCUACACCUGCACAGACUGCAACGUCAACCUAAAACAGAAGGGACAUUUCUUUGUGGAGAACCAGAUUUACUGUGAGACGCACGCCCGCGAGCGAGUGACUCCACCCGAGGGCUACGACGUGGUUACGGUCUUUCCCAAGUAGUUCCCCUCACUGAGCUCGGCCUCGGACUGCACGCCACCAUAGGACACCAAGACAUAAACCGAGACUUACAAUAUUUAGCUAAUGCUACUCGUAAGACUAUGAACUGGUCUCCUUUCACACUAUACUUCAGUACUGUCACUGGUAGGCAGGACAGUAAGGAACUACGUGUUUGAAAAUGUUGAUUUGCACAAAAACUUUGGCCUAUAAGAAA